AUGAGAUUGUUAGAGUUAGUCGUACCUCCAUACAAAGCAGCUUAUACUAUUUUACAACAAUAUAUUGUGAAUCCAUUCUUGAAAGACCUUUCUACAGAUAAUGAGACAGCUACUAAGGAAGUGAUCUCGGAUUUAACCUGCGCUGUUCAAUAUAUCCGCGGUGCAUUGAAUGCAGCUAUUAAUAGCAGUCAAAAACUCCGAAGUGAAGUUGAUCAAAAACGUGUCGAUGCUGCUGCUGCUAUCAGUGCCAAAGAAAGGGAAAUAUCAAGCACGCAAGGUGAAAUUCAGCACGAAGCGUCCGAAAUCAAAGUUGUUAAAGCGCAGGUGGCAACAGAUGAGCAGGGUGUGAACGAAAAAGAACAGGGGGUUAUUAAUGCGGAGAAUAAUGUUCAUACUGUGCAAGAAAAGGUUGAUUAUGUCGAAGACUGCUUGUUUAAAAAGCAACGCCGGAAAUCUGUUGUUUUUUCUGCAAUAUCAGAUUGCGGUAAUAUCGUCAACUCGGUGAAAAUCGAGAAUGCUGACCGUGCACUUCACAAUGCAGAAGAAAAUCUCCAAAAUUCACAAAUCAAAAUUGAUGAUGAGCGACAACAAUUAUCAUCGUUACAAGGUCAACAAAAUAAUUCAAAAAAAGAGCUCAGUGCUUUGCAACAUGAAUUACGCGAAUUACAAUUAACUUAUAUAGUUCUGCAUGAAUUAAAUAAUUCAACAGCAACCAUCAGCCAGGACUUAAAAAUGGUUACCAGUCAUAUUACAAAAAUCUGGAGCGGAUCAGAACUUUUAUAUACAACAAUAAACGAUCUUAUGAAUUUUGACAGACUGAUUAAUCCACUAAAUGAAGUUUACAAGGUAUUCGAAAGAAAGCACCUAUUACAAAAUAUCCCUUUCAGUAUGGUCAGUGAUUUAACGCUAACUCAAGUAAAGCAUAGUUUUAAAACAACUGCUAAAUUAAUACCACAAAUGCCAUUGAAUUUGUUUAUAAGCAGUGUAAACUGUACUGUACAAGAUUAA